AUGCGGGUCGCGAAUGACUUCACGCUCUGUCAUGGCUGCGUGAGACAUAAACAUGCCAGUGGUUCGGUAAUUCAGAGCAUUAAACUAGUGUGAUGAUUAAAGCAGCCGCCAUAGCCAAUCAUUUUGCCUUGAGGUCCGCCAUAUGAAAUCGGCUGGUCGGUGUUUAGUGCGGAAGGUGAAGUGAUAGCUGUGUUGUAGAUCACAGGAAGGAUGACUGAAGCCGUGCUGGAGCAUCACGGCGGCUCACAGAGUUCCUGUAAGACAGGCUCCAAAUCCUGGCAGUACAGUGAUCUGAUGGAAAAGGUGGAUGGGUAUUUGAUGAAGUACACCAAUCUUGUUACAGGAUGGCAGUAUCGAUAUUUUGUGCUCAACAAUGAGGCAGGGCUGCUGGAAUAUUUUGUGAAUGAGCAGUCAAGAAAUCAGAAGCCCAGGGGUUCGCUGCCAUUAGCCGGAGCGGUGAUUUCCCCCAGCGAUGAGGAUUCACACACCUUCACUGUCAAUGCCAUCAGCGGAGAGCAAUACAAACUUAGAGCCUCAGAUGCAAAGGAGCGACAGCACUGGGUCAGCCGACUGCAGAUCUGUGCGCAGCACCACACAGAGGCGAUGGGCAAACAAUUAUCCAUAAUCCCACAGACAAACCCACCGCUCCAGACUCGCAGUCUCUCCAUGGCGUCUCAGGGCAGUGGCAGCUCUCCAGGAUCUCAACACAGGAUAAACCAGAACUCAAACGCCCUGUUGGGCCUGUCCCAACUGCAGCGUGGCUCAUCUCUUUACUCCAGCAGGAAGUCGCUGCUGCCUGAUCACUUGCUGGAGGCCAGAGAGAUGAUGAGCCAGGCUCAGGGCCAGCACAGAGACCUGAUCCAGAGUAUUGAGGGUCUGCCCUCCUCCCAGGGUCCCUCUCCCUUGGACCAAGACUUGCUGCUGCUGAAAGCUACUUCUUUGGCCACCAUGACCUGCCUCAGCGACUGCCUGCAUAUCCUGCAGCUCCAACAAGUGGCUCGGCAGAAAAUUCCUCUCAGUGGCCCUACACUCGAGUGGCUGGAGCCAAAACUUCCAGACAUCCUGAAGAAUGGAGGGACGCUACCCAGCAUCACCAAAGAUGAUGGCAAAACAGAGGGAACCAUUCUGGAACCUUUAGAAAUGGACUCCUGUGAUAUCGCUGGAGAGCAGGAGGAGAUUGAUGCCACACAGGAGGUAGAUGAUUCAACUCCGGCCGAGGAGGAGGAGCUGGGUGCUGUCGAAGAGGAGCGCAGCGUCAUUCUGCACCUCCUCUCUCAGCUCAAACUGGGCAUGGACCUCACCAGGGUGGUCCUGCCUACCUUCAUUCUGGAGAAGCGCUCCUUGUUGGAAAUGUAUGCAGACUUCAUGUCCCAUCCAGACCUUUUCGUGGCCAUCACCGAUGGCUCCAGCCCGAUGGACCGUAUGGUCCGAUUUGUGGAGUAUUACCUCACUUCCUUCCAUGAAGGUCGCAAAGGUGUAAUUGCCAAGAAGCCCUACAACCCCAUCAUUGGAGAGACCUUCCACUGCUCUUGGAAAGUACCCAAAGUGACAACGCCUCCGUCAGCAGACCCAAAAGAAGGGACCUCGUGUGCAUCAGACUGCUACAAUGUCCGCUUUGUGGCUGAGCAGGUUUCCCAUCAUCCACCUGUGUCGGGCUUCUAUGCAGAAUGCCAGGAGAGACAGAUGUGUGUCAACACCCACGUGUGGACCAAGAGCAAGUUCAUGGGCAUGUCCAUUGGUGUCUCUAUGAUUGGAGAAGGUAAUCUACACCUAUUGGAGCACGGUGAGGAAUACACCUUCAGUCUGCCCUCUGCUUACGCCCGCUCUAUCCUCACUGUGCCCUGGGUGGAACUGGGAGGAAAGGUCAAUGUCAACUGUGCCAAGACAGGCUACUCUGCAGUCAUCACCUUCCAGACAAAGCCUUUCUAUGGGGGCAAGCUGCACAGAGUGAAUGCAGAGGUCAAACACAACCCCACCAACUCCGUGGUGUGCCGUGUGCAGGGCGAGUGGAACGGCGUGCUGGAGUUUACCUACACCAGCGGGGAGACGCGUGUCGUAGACAUUACCAAACUCCCCGUCACCACAAAAAGAGUACGGCCCAAUGAGCUGCAAGGACCCUACGAGUCUAGGCGACUGUGGCAGCAUGUGACGGAGUCUCUCAAGGAAAGAGAUAUGGAUAAAGCCACGGAACACAAGCGCUUCCUGGAAGAAAGGCAGAGGAAGGAGGAAAGGCAUCGCGCAGAGACACAGACAGCAUGGAGGACCAAAUACUUUGAGCGCAAAGGUGAAGGCUGGGUGUAUUACCAAGCACUGUGGAAAAUGGCAGCCCAUAGCUCUUCCCCAGUGUCCACUCCACAAAACCCAUGACCUCUGACCUUUUUAAGACCUGAGUCCAGGCAUUGUACAGCCUCCUGCUGCAGUAAACCUCUGCUCCGGUGUUCCCUCUCUCACAGAUGAAGACAUACACUCUCCUUUGUAUGAUUCUGAUAUGAUUGUAUGACUCUGAUGUUCAUAUUUUGCAUCCUUCGGUGGUAAGAUUUUUGUAGAACUACACAGUGAAUGAUUUCUUCAAUCCGCACACAGAUAUUGUUUGUUAAUGUUGCCUUAACGAGUGUCGUAUGUAACGAGGGCUGAGUACAGUGUGCCGGUUCUUAACGUGGGAUUGUGUUUGAGGUGAACUUCUUAAUCUAACCAUACUGUGGUGUACUGUUUUUAACCACGGUACGAUCAAAGUCGUUAUCACGAUUUAGAUGAUAUCAAAUGAAAUGCAGGAUUAGGGGAGCUCGUUCAGUAAGGUGGAGUUGAAAAGGACAGGCGUCUAGUUGCGUUGAUAACUGGCAAGAUGUGAGUUGUUAUUGCUUAGCCAGAUGCAGCUGGAGUGUUGAUGAGAAAGAAACCGUUGGCUUGGCUUUCGUAUGAUGCUGUCUUUUUCUCGUUCUCGCUCUGGUAAAUAAAGCUUGCAGGCGCUAUACACAAAAUCUGGGCCGGAUGGAAGUGUUCGGGUUCAGGCCUGCUCUUCUGUUUCUGCUUGAUGUUCAGUGAACAAUUAUGUUGGCUUAAAGGGAUAGUUCACCCCCCAAAAAAAUUCUGUGAUCAUUUACUCACCCU